UAAUAGAUAAUAAUCAUGGCCGUUAGCAACUGUCGAUGGUGCAUGUGAAUUUUAAAAUAUGAUAAUUUCUCUUAAUAAUUUAAAUAUUAUCUACAGUUUCUAAGACAUUCAAAUCAUAUGUUUAUUAUUUUUAGUAGUUCUUUUUAUUAUUUAUAUGAUCUUACGUAGAUCAUUUUUUACAGGUUUUAUUCUAAACGCCUUAUAAACUUAACCCCCAUCGUUCACUGAACGAUUUAACUUAAAAGAAACGAGUCAUGAACAUAUUGUUAUAUCAAAAGAGUUGAAUUAUUAUAAUUCGUAUGAUAACUAUUGGGUGAAAAUGUGUCCGUUAAAAUGGAGGUUACAUUUAUUCUUGUUAUGUACAGUAAUAUUGAGCAGCUGUGUGUUAGAUUCAUUUUGUUUAGAAGUGAUAUAUGCAGUAAACGCUGGAGGUGAAUCUCACACUGAUAGUUAUGGAAUUCGUUAUGCUAGAGAUCCUUUAAUGGGAAAAGUCGGUACUGCUUCUGACUAUGGCAAACAGUUACUCAUUGGACGCGUCAAUAGCGCAGAUCAAAUAUUAUAUCAGACAGAACGUUAUCAUCAUAGUACUUUUGGAUACGAUAUACCUAUAAGCGAAGAUGGAGAAUAUGUCAUGGUCCUAAAGUUUUGUGAAGUCUAUUUUAAUUCGCCAAACAUGAAGGUAUUUGAUGUUGUAUUAAAUGGAGAUCAUACGGUAGUCACAGAUUUAGAUAUUUUUGAAAGAGUUGGCAGAGGUAUUGCACAUGACGAAUAUAUUCCAUUCAAAGUGCAAGAUGGUAAAUUGAUAUACAAUGAUGAAGAAUCUGAUAUAUUAGCAGGAAAAAUAAGAGUUGAAUUUAUAAAAGGUUAUAGAGACAAUCCUAAAAUAAAUGCAAUCGCAGUUAUUAAAGGAAAAAUAGAAGAUAUUCCUCAGUUAGGUCCAAUUCCUCAAGAAGCAGAGGAAUAUCACAAUAUACAGGAGGAUGAAGAAGAAUCAACGGUUCGAAGUAGGCAUACGAGUGGACCUCGUACUCCAGAUCCUUAUUCCAUCGAUGAUUCUUCUGUUAUGUUACCUGUCUUUGUAGCAAUAGGAGCUUUUAUACCUCUUUUAUUUUGUUUAUGCAGAUUGUAAUUUCUCGGUUCAUAUUUCAUGCACCGAAACGUAAUGUACUUAACAUUGAUGAUGUUCUCAACUGCCUACGUUACUUUAAUGUACAAAAGAAUGCGUAAAUGAAUGAAAGGUAGCGAUGCAUGUUCCUUUCUAUUUUGCGUUCUAACGUUAAAUUAUUAAGAUACAAAUAUUUAUUAUUAAUUUAUAUAGAUGAGCACAUAAAAGCGCGGUACGUGUAUGUGAUUUGUCAAUAGAAUUAUUGAUAUAAUCAAUAGAAAAGUACGAGAAUUCGACGAGGAUAUAGAUUUAUGAAACUAUAUUUUAUGUUUUUCUUUUUUUUUUCUAAUCUUACUUUUACAAAAGAUGUAAAAUGUAAUUUUACAUUUCUUUAAUUUCACCUCGCACACAUACACACAGCAUAAUUGAUAGCUUUAGCUAUUGAAAGCUUGUAGCGCAUAAUCGAUCAAAUGCAAAACUAAGUUAAACGUAUAAAUCAAGCCAAAAUGAAGUUUAGUCGAUAGCCCAUAUUAAAUAUACCAAAGGACAAAUCUUUAAUCUUUUGCAAAUGAGAGCAAAUAAAACUGUUACUAUUACAACA